ACACACGCACACACACACGCACGCGCGCGCACGCACGCACACACAGACACGCACGCCAUGGCCCUAUCAACCAGCGAGAAGCCAGGGCCGCUGCCGCCCACGACGGCCGUGCCGCCGCCCGGCCUGCAGCAGCUCAUGGCCCUGGGCCUGACCAAGCUCGGCGAGUACCUCCUGCGCUUUUCGCCCAUCCCACUGAGUUUCCUGUGGCUCUCCUUCCGCUACUUCGGCGGCGGGCUGGCUGGCUUCCCCUUCAUCAUGUCCACACUGCUGGUUUUGGUGGACAUCUGGUGCUGCCUCGAAAUCGGCCACUAUCUCAACUGCCGGCUGAUUUUGAUCGAGUACAACUGGCGCGUGACGCCAGGCGCGCGCACCGACGCCGAGCGCAUCGAAACCUUCAAUCGGGUGUAUGCCCUUUCCGGGAACAGCCGGCCCGAAAAGGCGCGGGAGUUUUUGACCGACUGGUUCUUCGGUGCCCCGUUCGAGACCAUUGGACGGGACAAUCUCGGCGACUGGAUGGCCUGGGCCUUUUGGGGAUCAGAGAUGUCGGAGCUUUCGCCGGUGGGCCUGGCUCAAGUCGACACCUGGAUCAAGCGAAUUGAAACCCAAACACGUUGGACCUUCCCGCCAGGACGGACCCCCGGGGUGCGGACCCUUCGUCUGUCCUUGGACCCGGUGGUCGUGCAUCACCGGCCACUGGUGUGGUAUGCGGUGGUCAGCCUCGUGCGGAUGCUCUGCUCGCAUGUGCUGCGUCGGGCCGGGCUCGAGUCCAAGCGCUGUGGCUGUGUGUACUAUUGGAUCUACAAGCCGGCUGGCGCGUUGGCCGGUGCCCCGGCCGGUGCCCCGGCCGAGCCGGCCCCCUCGACGCCGAUUGUCUUUGUCCACGGCAUCGGCCUGGGCCUGGUGCCAUACUUCCUGGUUGUGUGGCGCCUGCUCGGCCUGGCCAAGACCCAGCGCCGGGGCUUCGUGGCGCUGGAGCUGCCGCAAAUCUCCCAGCGCCUCUUCUGGGACGCCAACCCCACCGCUCGCGAGGUGGUCCGGGACCUGGACACCCUGCUGGAGUCGGAGUUCGACGCGCCGACCGCCGAUGCCGAUGCCGAUGCCGACAGCCCGACCGACGCCACGACCACUGCCGUGGCGCCCGGCACAUCGGCACCCGCACAGCGGGCCGUCACAGCCGCCCGUGGGGCCGGCGGGGCCUCGUCGACCCGGCGUCGGACUCGCGCCCUCUUCAUCGGCCACAGUAUUGGAAGUCUCACUUGCUCUUGGAUGACGCGACUGCACCCGGAGCGCGUGGCCGGGCUGAUGCUCCUGGACCCGGUGUGCUUCCUCCUUUGCUUGUCGGAUGUGGCGCACAAUUUCCUGCACCGUGUGCCGGUUGACUGGCAGCAGGCCAUCAUGCGGUAUGGCGCGGCGCGCGAGCUCCAUAUCGCCUACUCGCUUGGCCGGCACUUCGAUUGGAUUUCCAGCUCGCUGUGGCUGGAGGACUUGUCCACGCGCAGUCUCCACGCCAAGGAUGUCGCCACCGGCGAGCGUCAUGAGCACCUUGACACGGUGGUCCUCCUGUCGGGCCUGGACAGCAUUGUUCCCUCGAGCAAGGUCCGCGAGUACAUCGAGGCGCAGCCGAACCUGAAGCUCAUCUGGAAGCCGGAGCUCCGCCAUGCGGAGAUGCUCGUCAGACCCUCCGAGGUGACGGAGUUCUGCGAGCAGGUGUCCCAGCAGCUGGAGCGGCUUAAGACCCUUGAGUUUGACGUGUGCUAGACUAGACGCGCGCGCAUCUCGCGGACAGCGCCGCGCGCGCCUCCCUUGCCCCCAUGUGCACCGGGGGCCGUCCCGACAGCAGCCGGCGCCGGAAUGAAUGCGGGCGUCAGGUCGUCGUCCUAUACCUGUGCAUUCCCGGUGGCCGGGAAAAUGGAGAGCCGGGUGUCUCUUUUUCCUUUUCUCUCCUCCCUGUGGCGGGAUCCAUGGGGUGCCUCGCUCUUUGGGGGAGCUCGCCCUCCCAUGUACGUGUGUUUGCGGCGCGCCCUCGCGGUCGGCCGGCGGUGCUCAGGGGGACCCCUGUCGCAGCGCCUCCAGUUCUUUCCUCUUCACAUCCUCAAUAUACAAACUGCCUGCCCCG